AGGCUAGCCCACCGGCUUGUCCAACAGCCCGUGCGUCCCCCCUCGUCCAGCUCUCCAUCGCCGCCGCCGAUCUUGGCUCAUCCUCCGGCGACUUAUGUCGGCGGCAGUGAUGCCGGAGACUGCCCCCGCCGAGGGCGGAAGCUCAUCCAGCGGCGGGGAGGAGAUCGCGUAUGUUAGUUACGGAGGGGAGCAGCACCUCCCACUGGUGAUGUCGCUGGUGGACGAGGAGCUGAGCGAGCCCUACUCCAUCUUCACCUACCGCUACUUCGUCUACAUCUGGCCUCAGCUCACCUUCCUCGCGUUCGAUGCCAAGGAUGGUAAGUGCGUGGGGACUGUGGUCUGCAAGAUGGGGGAGCACAGAGGCUCCUUCAGGGGUUACAUCGCCAUGCUCGUCGUCCUCAAGCCCUACCGAGGCCGAGGAAUCGCAACUGAACUGGUUACUAGAUCCAUUCGUGUAAUGAUGGAAUCUGGCUGUGAGGAGGUGACGCUUGAAGCAGAAGUUACAAAUAAGGGUGCCCUCGCUCUGUAUGGUCGCCUUGGCUUUAUCCGAGCAAAGAGGCUGUACAGGUACUAUCUAAAUGGUGUUGAUGCUUUCCGUCUCAAAUUACUAUUUCCACGCCCCCAACUUGGUCUACAUCCGAUGAUGGUGGGUGAGGAGAGAGAUGAACAACACAUGGAUUCGCCAUAUUUGUGAUAAUAUUGUACCCUACUCAAAAGUGGAAUCAGAUGGAAACGAAUCGUAUUUAUUUUGUGAUCCUUUUCCUGUUUCA